AUGUGGUUCGAUCCUCCCCAGAGUCGAACUGGCAGCCACUCGCACCGAGGAGGCGAGGUGUGGCUACGGUCGUGCACGGCAAGCGAAGAGGACGCCUCGGCCCCAGUGACCAUGGCCGAGUUCACCACUCCGUGGGCUCCGACCGCCAAGCCUAACCGGCUUCCCGCUGUCCUCCUCUACAUCGAGGGCGAAGCUCUGUGCGACGCGAACGCUGUGGCCGAGGGCGUGACCAAGAUGCGCGAGGCGUUCGCGCUCGCCUGGGAGCUCGACCUGCCCGAGUGGCCUGGGUGGGCUGAGGUGUUGUACCACCAGCUCUCCAACGGGCUCGUGCCUGCGGGCGCUCCGCCGCCGCCGCUGCUGUCGGCCGACACCUCGAGCGUCCAGCCCGAGGUUGCGUCGCACGCUCGGGAUGGGCGGGCCUGGUGGUCGAGCGACGGCGCGCUCGCGGCCAUCGCGGAGACGCUCCGCUGUCGCAACCACGUAGUGGUCGACGGCUUCCUCGGGCGGGCUGGCGGCGUGGCGCUGCGAGUCGCGCUCGAGCGCGCCUGGGGCGGCGGCGUGCUGGAGCCCGCAAAGGUGGCGCUGCCGGGCGACGGGCUCAACGGACAGAGGUCCGACCGCACCCGCUCCGACCACAUCGCGUGGAUCGACGCCGCCGAGGACGCUGCGCGGUGGGCGCCGCUGGCCACGCUGGUCGACGCGGCUGACGCGCUCGUUCGGGCGCUGCGGGCCGCGGCGCCAGGCCUGGCCAGAAAGGGGUCGGCCAUGUCGCGAAUGCGGCCGAUGGCGUCGCGGUACGGCGUCGGCGCAGCCUUCGCGCGGCACACCGACAACCACUGCUCGAACGGGCACGGACCGCACUGCAACGGUCGCUGGCUCACGGCCGUCUAUUACGCCAACGAUUCGUGGAGCGAGGCCGACGGCGGCUGCCUGCGCCUCUUCAGGCCUCAGGGCGACGAGGGCGACGAGGACGAGCAGGCGGGAGGGGCGGCGGCGGCAGCGGCAGGUGAUGCACUGCUCGACGUCGCACCUUUGGGCGACCGCCUGCUUCUCUUCUUUUCGGACUUUCGGUCGCCGCACGAGGUGCUGCCCGCCGCAAAGCCCCGGUACGCGACCACUAUAUGGUACAUGGAGAGAGACGACGGGGAUGACUGA